AUGGCAGCUUCUAUCGCCCCCGAAUGCAACGAGAUCAAAGAGAAAUACGACACUUGCUUUCUCAAGUGGUAUAGCGAGAAAUACCUGCGUGGCAACACCUCAUCUAAUGACUGUGAAGCUCUGUUCCAGAAAUACAAGGGAUGUCUGAACAAAGUCCUCAAGGAGCGAGGCAUUGACACCAUGGUCGAGGAUGCCCGGAAGUCGGGCAGCGGCGAAACAGAUGCAGAGUUCCUCAAAAAAUCAUGA